AUGGCAACAACAAAAGAACUACCAACAUAUUUAAUACUUAAGAUACUAGAGUUGUUGCAGGAAGUGGAUGAACAACCAUCAAGAUGUAUAUUACCUCUGAGAUUGGUGUCAAAGAGGUUCAAGGAUAUGGUCACACAGAGAUUGCCUUGGCAUGUCUAUCCACGUGACACCAACUCACUCACCAUCCAGGACUUUAUGUCACUAGAGUCAAUCUUUAACAAUAUAAGAAUGAUGUACUUGCGCAAUUGCUCGCCUUCACUCAUCGAUGGACUGAUCACACUGCUCGAAUCACCUCGCUACACUGGCUUCAAACAAACAUUGCAACAUAUUGACGUAGGCUACAUACCAAGUGCUGCAACACUACAUCGUUUCAUCGAUCUCGUACUACUACAUUGCAAACGACUUAUAAUAGUUGAGUUGGAGAGCUGUGGCGGGUCGAUGCACGACGAAUCUGUGACGCCACUCUCCAUCACGUUCCCAAGCAAAGAUGAUCAUAGUCGCAACACACUGACCUACAUCAAUGUAUCUCUAAAUGUAAUCGAUGAGCAACUCAUACCUUCAUUGCCCAAGUCGAUCAAGGUGCUUAACCUCUCUGCAUGCAGGUUCGCCAAUGAACAACAGUUGAUCUCGCCAAUGCUUGCAAAGUCGCCAACGGUGUGUCAUCAUCUUACAUCGCUGAUUUUAUCGCACAGCUAUAUUGGCGCGAGUGGCUGUGUGGACAUCGGCCAUGUGCUGGCAUCUGAUCGAUCAUCACUCAAGAAUCUAUGGUUGGACUAUUGUAGUAUUGGUGGAGAGGGAUUGUUGACGAUCGGUCGAUCACUUGAACAUAAUAGAUCGUUAAAGUUCAUUAGUGUAGUAUUCAAUGGUAUUAGACAGAAUGAAGGUGAGAGCUUCAUUGAACUACUCAAAGCAUCGCUGUCCACACAUGAAGGACGACACAUUGGCAUUCAUUCCGAGAUGAAUCAUUGGCAACUUCGCGAUCCACUCUUUUCCAAAGACUGUGAUAUCAAGCACUAUCUCUCACCUGACUUUGCAGCCCAUCGUUUGGACAACAUUAACAAGUUC